UUUGCAGAGUUGCAUUAAAUAGCUAGCUAAGAUCUUGCAAGAGAAAAGACACAACUUUUAAGACAUAGAAAAUUAGCUAAUUUGGCAGCAGUAAUACAGCCAAAUUAGCUAAUUCUUUGUUGAGUGAAGUUAUGGAAAUGCUAAGAAUGUUGAUGAGCUUGGCUGCCAUAGCCAUGCUGCUUGGCUCUGCCAUGGCAACAAAUUACACUGUGGGAGGACCUAAUGGUGGAUGGGACCAAUCUACUGAUGCUCAAGCAUGGGCUGCAUCUAAAACCUUCUUCGUCGGAGACAAUCUAAUUUUUUCAUAUGCUCUAAGCCAUUCUGUGCUUGAAGUCACAAAGGCUGGUUUUGAGUCCUGCCAGAUAACAUCUCCUAUCGCAAUUUAUACUGGAGGCAUGACAGUAAUCACUCUAGCUUCUGUAGGCAAGAGAUACUUCAUAUGUGGAACUGGUGGACAUUGUCAUGUAGGAGGAAUGAAACUCGAAAUCAACACUCUUCCCAAGGCUUCUCCACCACCACCAGCCAAACCGGCUACUCCACCAACAGCAACCCCCAAAGCUCCACCACCAUCAACCCCCAAAACUCCACCACCAACUCCCAUGACUACACCACCAUCAGCCCCUUCCACCACCCCAGUUGCUUCCCCUCCCUCUUCAUCGCCAUCUCCCAAGUCUUCAUCAGCACCCUCACAAAAAUACGCACCUAAAAUUUCCCCUGCAUGGUCACCUUCCAAGUCCUCCCAUGCUCACAGCCCAGCCAUGCCUCCUACUGGCGUUCCAACAUCCCCAACUGGUGAGGCCCCGGGAUUGCCACCUUUUGCUGAAGCACCCGGAUUGCCACCUUCUGGUGCUUCUGCACCUACACCAUCUGUUUUUUCAUCGGCUGAUAAAAUCAGUGUCGUUACUGGUUCUACUGUGGGGUUUGGCUUUGUGGUUAUGAUGAUGUUCCUUCUAUAAGCCUUCAAACAAUAUUUUGAAGAUGUCAUUUUUUCGUUUUAUGUUUCAUUCAAUUCUAUUUUGUGCCUGAUUUUCCUCAGUCCUGGUUGUUUCUUCAACAUUCCAUCUUAUGAAUGUGCAAAUUAUUGACGAAGCUAUAAUGGACUUCAACAUUGAGAUUUUCUCAAGUAUUGCCAUGGAUUCUUUCAGCUUUGGAUACUUUCUCGAUUUAGUAGAAUCAGUAGAGGCAAUAAAUGUGGAAUCUUACACAACCUAUACUGCUGUCUAUCAAAGGUUCAAAGAAACUAACUGAAGUAAUUUCCUCAACAUAUU